AUGGCAGUGCAUGAGGCCCUGGUGCACAUCACAGCCACUCUUAUGCUGCUGUGGUUUGGGGUGUCUCUAUUCAUUUCUGGCCACUCUCAGGCCAGGCCCUCCCAGCACUUAUCCUCCCCAGAAUUGGUGGUCCCCUUGAAGGUGACUGGCAGGGGCAGAGGUGCAAAGGCUCCAGGCUGGCUCUCCUACAGCCUGCGGUUUGGGGGCCAGAGACACAUUGCCCACAUGAGGGUCAAGAAGUACUUGGUUUCCAGACAUCUCCCAGUGUUCACCUACACAGACCAACGUGCCCUCCGCCAGGAUCAGCCUUUUGUUCCUGAUGACUGCUACUAUCAUGGUUAUGUGGAAGGGGUUCCCAAGUCCCUGGUUGCCCUCAGUACCUGUUCUGGAGGUUUUCGAGGAAUACUACAGAUAAAUGAUCUUGCUUAUGAAAUUGAACCAAUUACAGUUUCUGCCACAUUUGAACACUGGGUAUACAAGAUAGAGAGUGAUACAUAUUUCCCACCUAUGACAUGUGGGUUAACAGAAGAGGAAAUAGCACGCCAAUUGGAGUUGCAAGAGUUGCGUAAUUUUACUCUGAUGCAAAGUUCUUACAUAGGCUGGUGGACCCACUUGCGGUUUCUUGAGUUGGCAGUGGUUGUGGACCAUCUUCGAUUCAUUCACUCGGAAAGUAAUGUGUCAGUAGUGCAGCGGGAAAUAGUUGAUGUUGUCAAUAUAAUAGAUAGCUUAUAUCACUCUUUGGAACUUGAUGUAAUUUUAACUGGGCUUGAAGUCUGGACUGCAGGAAACCCAGUUCCCACCAAUAACAUAGAUAAGCUUUUGGAGGAUUUUGCUAUUUGGAAGUAUCUUCACCUUGAUAACCGAGUGUCACAUGAUGCUGCCCAUCUUUUCAUAAAAAAAUCAUUUGGCAUAACGCUUGGACUUGCCUAUGUUGGUGGAAUAUGCCAGCAUCCUUUUAAUAGUGGAAUUGAUGUUUUCAAAGAUGAGAGUCUGUAUGAUUUUGCAAUUGUUGUGACCCAUGAACUUGGUCAUAAUUUAGGUAUGCAGCAUGAUACUAAAUGGUGUGUGUGUGAGCUUCAGUGGUGCAUAAUGUUUCCUGCCAGACAGGUGACAAAUAAAUUCAGCAAUUGCAGUUAUGCCCAGUAUUGGGACAAUUUUAUCAGUACUGGAUUAUGUCUUUACUCUCCCCCACAUCCAGAGAAUAUCUUUAGGCUGCAUUAUUGUGGGAACCUAGUGGUCGAAGAAGGAGAGGAGUGUGACUGUGGAACCAUAGAGCAGUGCGUAAAUGAUCCCUGCUGUCUGUUGAAUUGCACUCUGAAGCCUGGAGCUGCUUGUGCUUUUGGGCUUUGUUGCAAAGACUGCAAGGUCAGGUCAUCAGGGACUUUGUGCAGAAAACAGAUCAGUGAAUGUGACCUUCCGGAGUGGUGCAAUGGGACAUCCCAUCAGUGCCCAGAAGAUGUGUAUGUGCAGGAUGGGAUUCCCUGUAGUAAUGGUGCCUACUGCUAUCAAAAGAGCUGUAGUAACCAUGAUGAACAGUGCAGGGAGAUAUUUGGCAAAGAUGCAAAGAGUGCAUCUCAGAGUUGCUACAAAGAAAUCAACACCCAAGGAAAUCGAUUUGGUCACUGUGGUAUCAAAGACACACAAUAUGUAAAAUGUGAAGCCCCUGAUAUCCUGUGUGGGAGAGUUCAGUGUGAAAAUGUGGGAGAAAUUCCUAAUCUGAUAGAACAUUCCACAGUGCAUCAGCUUCACUUCAAUGACACCACUUGCUGGGGCACCGAUUAUCAUAUAGGGAUGUCUAUACCUGAUAUCGGUCAAGUGAAAGACGGCACAAUGUGUGGCCCAGAAAAGAUAUGUAUCCACAACAAGUGUGUCAAUAUGGUUCGUGUGCCAGAAGCCUGUCAGCCUGAGACCUGCCACAUGAAGGGCGUCUGCAAUAAUAAACAGCAAUGCCACUGCAAUCCUGGAUGGGCACCUCCCUACUGCAAGGACCAAGGCCAUGGAGGUAGUAUUAGUAGUGGCCCAGCUUUUAAUCCCCAAGAAGAAGAGACAAAAGUGCAGGAGAAGGGAAACCAGCCAUUAUUGUGGCUUAUUCCUUUUAUUUGUUUAUGUUUAUGUUACAUCCUUGUGCUUUGUAAGAAACGUAAAAAGAAAAAGGAGGCAGAAACGAUGGAGAAAGAAGAGGCUGAGGAGGAAGAGGCUGAGGAGGAAGAGGCUGAGGAGGAAGACGCUAAGGAGGAAGAAAGUAACUAA